CCCGCCAGGUGCGCCCCGCCCCUCUCCCUGACCGGCCACCUUCGAUAGCCGCUCGGAGGCGGCCGCCAUUGGCUCUACCGCCCACCGGGUGUUCGGAAGUGUGGUGGGGUUCUGAGCCGGGGGAGAGUCGCUGAGUGUCGCCGGGGGGAAGGCGAGUGAGGGGCGGACAGAAGCAUCGUGGGCGUAGGAGGCAGAGUGUCCGCACACCGAAGGUCCGACGAGUAGGGGCCUUUCCGGGCACUUCGGCAGGAGCGCCGGCGAAGCACCUCACAGACCCUCUGGGAGCGCCCGCACCUGAACACGAGGCUCUCCAGCGCGCGUGCGCGGCAAGGGUCUUCCCGCACCUGAUCGCGAGACCCUAACGGCCGGCGGCUCGAGGCUUCGCGUGCGCUGCCGGGUGGAGCCCGUCAUGGCGCAGCUGUGUGGGCCGAGGCGUUGCGGGGCGCUCCUCGCCCUGCUGGCCUCGCUGCUCCUCCUCCGGGCUGAGGCGGCCGAGGGAGAACGUGGCGUCCACGACUUCUGUCGAGUUCCGAAGACAGAGGGAAGAUGCCAAGCCUCCUCCCCUAGAUGGUGGUACAAUGUCACUGAUGGAUCCUGCCAGCAGUUUGUGUAUGGUGGCUGUGAAGGGAAUAAAAAUAACUACAUGACCAAGGAGGAGUGUCUUGAGAAAUGUGCUGGUGUCACAGAGAACACCAUUGAUGAUCUGGCCACCAGCAGGAAUGGAGCAGAUUUCUCUGUCCCACGUGUGCUGACAGUAGCUGCCCCCUUCCUCCUACAUGCUUGGAGGAUUCUGCAUGCAUCAGGAGCCUGGGUUUCCAGAAAACAGGAUUCUGAUGACCUCUCCAGUGAUAUUUUCGACUACGAAGAAUACUGCACUGCCAAAGCAGUCACUGGGCCUUGCCGCGCGUCCUUCCCACGCUGGUACUUCAAUGCGGAGAAGAACUCUUGUGACAACUUCAUCUACGGAGGGUGCCGGGGCAAUAAAAACAGCUAUCUCUCUAAGGAGGAGUGCAUGCACCACUGCUUUGGCAAGCAGUUGUAUCCUGUUCUACCCCGUGGCACUAAAGUGGUGGUCCUGGCGGGGCUCUUCGUGAUGGUCCUGAUCGUCUUGCUGGGCGCCUCCGUGGUCUGCCUGAUCCGGGUGGCCCGGAGGAACCAGGAGCGCACGCUCAGCACCGUCUGGAGCUCUGGGGACGACAAGGAGCACCUGGUGAAGAACACCUACGUCCUGUGAAGGCCCUGCGAGCCAGAGGCCGCCCUUCCUCAGGCUUCCCUGCGGAUGACAAGCACCUGGGAUGGGAGGGGAGACCAGUGUAGCGUGUGUGUGUGCUUUUUAAAGUAGAGUGAUUGGUUUGUAUUUGUGCGAUCAUUAGGGCUUCGGGUCUGUUUGUUACUCCAGAAGGUAAGAGGGCUGCUUCCUGCUCUCCUGGCUGGGUUUGUGUUGGGAACCCUCUUUGAGGAGGGCUCUGCCUCACACUGCAGGUGGUCUGGCGCCAGAUCAGAGUUGGCUGCUCUUCAGUUUAGUUCUUUGCUCCAGGUCUUAGUUUUCUUGGCUUAGAUUCAAUAAUCCUGUAGUGUCCUUUCCCAUCACAAAAGUAAUGUCUUAAUAGUUUC